AUGCCAAUACAUAGGCACAUCAAAAAUGUUGUUCACAAUUAUACUGAUGCAGAAAGAAAAGUUAGAGAAGCGACCUCCAACGAUCCAUGGGGCCCUAGUAGCACUCUCAUGGCUGAAAUUGCUGACAAGACGCAUAACGUAAUGGCGUUCACCGAAAUUAUGCAAAUGAUAUGGAGAAGGCUGAAUGAUAAAAAUAAGAACUGGCGACAUGUCUACAAGGCUCUCAUUCUAUUAGAAUAUAUCAUAAAGACUGGAAGCGAUAAAGUUGCCGUUCAGUGUCGCGAAAAUAUUCAUUCCAUUGAGACCCUUCGGGACUUUGAAUAUGUUGAAGAAGGCAAAGACCAUGGCCUUAGUGUUCGCGAAAAAGCUCGUCUCCUCAGUACUUUGCUCCGAGACGAGGAACGUUUAAGAGAGGAACGAACAAAAGCUCUUAUUUCCCGAGACCGCCUUAUGAUUGGAGGUUUGGGGACGACUGUCCGUUGUAGUAGUUCUCCGAUGGGCUGCUCCACGACUGAUGGUGGAUGGACCUCUGAUGCGUCGCCUUACGCUUCCACUGGCACUGGUUACGGCCAAAUGAGGAAUCCUCGAGGUUCUAAGGCUCGUACUCCUCCACUUUAUGAUCCGACUACUUGUUCCCCGCCGUCCUCCAGUUCUGAAAUGGAAACAGCUCGUCCCCAUUCUCCUGGCGAGGAACAGCUGCAGUUACAGUUAGCACUUGCAAUGAGUAAGGAAGAGCAUGAGAGGGAAGUGCGCCGUAGACGUGCUGAGGAGGAGAAGGAGGAGGCUAAAUUGCAGAUGGUAAUGGAGCAAAGCAGGGCACAAAGAGAGGAGGAAGCUCGAAAAGAUGAUUCUACGACGCAACCACCUGAGCCUUCUCUGGGUGUAAGUGGAGGAAAUCUAUUCAAUCUGAUUGACACUUCACUUUCAGCGGCACCUGCGGAUGUUCCAGAUCCUUGGGCAACCGCAAUUGGUUCAACUUCAAAUUCUGGCGGAUCCCUUCAUGCUUUUCAAGAUCAGCCAUUUGGAUUAACUUCUCAUCCUUCUAGUAAUCCAAAUUUUGUCAGCCAGGGCAUUCAUCAAGUUUUGGUAUCUACGGAUGAGAAGCAGAUCAUUUCCACUAAUGGGCAAGGCCAUUCAUCCUAUCCAAUUCAGUUAGAUGAUCCUUGGGCUUCCCCUUAUACUCCUCAGUCUCGUAUGGCAGCAUUCGAGGAAAGUAAAUUGCCCACUAUGUCCAUUAUUUCAUCCGAGAACAAUGCCGGAUCCAGUGCUCAAGACGUAUGGGGGCUGAAGUCAGCAUUUACUGGGCCUCUUUUAGAAGCUACUACAAAUCGGCUUUGGACUGCCAAUGGAGCAAUCAUGAACAUCUCGUCUAAUCCCGGGCCUUCCUGUUCAAGAAUAUAUGAUUCAGCAGGAACUAAUGAACUAUCUAGGGAAGAUGAUGAAACCAACGGGCAAACAAAGAAACGUACUCCAGCUGACUUUCUUGGCGAGCAUCAGGGUCUUGUUGAUUUGGACAAGCUGGUCGAGCGUAGUCCAAGGCCUAUUUAA